UUAGCCGGGCUGCGGGUGUUGACUGAAGAACAGCCACGUGCUCAGCGCAGAGCCAUGAGGCAAGAGAGAAGGUUUUAAAAACAGAAAAAUGUGAUUGCAGAAACACCAUUGUUGGCAGGAGGACUCGGUGGAUUCAGAUAUAACUGUAGGUGCUUCUUAUGUGAAAGAGCUGAGCCACACCAUCCAGUAAACUGUCUAAAGCAGCAGUUGGCUUGCUUGGAAAUCAUUUCCAGGACUGUGCUGUAAGUUGAUAAUCGACCGAGUUGCCAGAACUUUGCCCUGCAGAGCUUUGGAGGGCCACUUCUUGAUGGAUUGCUGUAGCCUCUUAGCUUCUCCAUUGAUCCCAUUCCCUGCAUCGUGAGAACGUUUUAGCCAGCACAGAACCUAGAGAAGUUACAUGGUGUGAACGGAAUGUCUGUGGAUGAGAAGACUGAAUCCCCCAUGUAUGUGUAUGAGUCAACGGUGCAUUGUACCAAUAUUCUCCUGUGCCUGAACGACCAGCGGAAGCAGGAUAUUCUCUGUGAUGUGACUCUGCUCGUGGAGGGCAAGGAGUUCCGCGCGCACCGCGCCGUGCUGGCCGCCUGCAGCGAGUACUUCUUGCAGGCCCUGGUGGGGCAGACCGAAAAUGACCUGGUUGUCAGCCUGCCGGAGGAGGUCACUGUCAGGGGAUUUGGUCCGUUGUUACAGUUUGCCUACACUGCUAAGCUGCUCCUCAGCAGAGAAAACAUCCAGGAGGUCAUCCACUGCGCCGAGUUCCUGCGCAUGCACAACCUGGAGGAUUCCUGCUUCAGCUUCCUGCAGACACAGCUGCUGAACAACGAGGAUGGCCUGUUCCUGUGCAAAAAAGACCCCGCCUGCCAGCGCAUGCACGAUGAAGAGAACUCGGACGGAGACGAGGAGGAGACCAUGGAAUCGGAGACGUCAAAAAUAUCUUGCCCAAGAGAGAGAAUGCACCAAGAGCCCUUCAAUUUUGAAACCACUGUUUCUGGAGCAGACAAAGGAGAGGGGAUGCUGCCUGACUCUGACAUGCUGAGAGAUAGCAAGGACAAUUUGGACAAGGAUGCAGUGACACGGUACCCCAGAUACAAGAAAUACCAGCUUGCUUGUACCAAGAAUGUCUACAACACAUCACACAUCAGUACCUCAGGUUUUGCAAGCACAUUCAGCGAAGAGAGCUCUGGAAACGGCCUCAAAUCAGGACUUGCUAUGGGGCAGAUAAAAAGCGAGCCUCCGAAUGAAGAGAACGACGAAGAAAGCAUCACCCUUUGCCUGUCUGGAGAUGAACCUGACAUCAGGGAUAAAGAAGGGGAUGUUGAAAUGGACAGGAAACAGCCAAGCCCCACUUGUGUUGACAGGCCUAAAAGUGGGUCCUCUCCUUCUUGCUUGCGCUCUUUCUUCAACAGAACAAAAAGCAUAGAUUUGGUUGGCUUCCCUGGCACUUCCCAGCAGCACUUUGGCAGGAGUCCAGCAUGCCCUUUUGAAAAGGGGACAACUCAGGGUGACCACAAAACUGAUUACGUCCCUUUCACGGGGAGCUACGGACAGUCCCAUGCCAUUCCGAAGGAUGCUUCCAACUUCACGGUGGGCUCGCCUCUCAGGGGGCCUGGCUUUGAAGCUCUCUGCAAGCAGGAGGGGGAGCUGGACAGGAGGAGCGUUAUAUUCUCUUCGAACGCUUGUGACCAAGUGAACACUUCGGUGCAUUCGUAUUCCGGCGUGAGCAGCUUGGACAAAGACCUCACUGAGACUGUGCCAAAGGGUCUGUGGGCUGGCAGCAGCCAAUCUCUCCCUGGCUCUCAGACCUAUUCCCACAGCGGGCUGACAGCUGAUCACUUGCCGGGACGGAUGCGGCCCAACACCAGCUGCCCGGUGCCAAUUAAAGUCUGCCCUCGCUCGCCUCCUCUGGAGACCCGGACCAGGACGUCCAGCUCGUGCUCUUCCUACUCGUACGCGGAGGACGGCAGCGGCGGCUCGCCCUGCAGCCUGCGCCUCUGCGAGCUCUCCUCCUCGCCCUGCUCCCAAGGGCCGCGCUUCCUGGCGCCCGAGCACCAGGAGCCCGGCGGCGUGGGCGACGGGAUGUACAACCCGGUGCGAGCCCAGAUUAAAUGUGAGCCAUCCUAUGGAACAAACUCCAGCGAUGAGUCUGGGUCAUUCUCAGAAGCAGACAGUGAAUCAUGUCCUGUGCAAGACAGAGGGCAUGAGUGUCAUUACUCUCAUCCUUACCAACUGGUCCUCACCAUGUGCCACAAGAGAGUGGUGAAACUUCCUUUUCCUGUCGAUCAAAUCACAGAUCUUCCAAGGAAUGAUUUCCAGAUGAUGAUCAAGAUGCACAAGCUAACCUCAGAACAGCUAGAGUUCAUCCACGACGUGCGCCGGCGCAGUAAGAACCGCAUCGCAGCCCAGCGCUGCCGCAAGAGGAAACUGGACUGCAUCCAGAACCUCGAAUGUGAAAUCCGCAAGCUGGUGUGUGAGAAAGAGAAAUUGCUCUCAGAGAGGAACCAGCUGAAAGCCAGCAUGGGAGAAUUGCUAGAUAACUUCUCGUGUCUUUCCCAAGAAGUGUGUAGAGACAUGCAGAGCCCCGAGCAGAUCCAGGCGCUCCACCGAUACUGCCCCGUUCUCAGACCGAUGGAUCUGCAGACAGCCUCCAACAUGAGCCCGGCGCCAGCGGGAGUGGAGCAGAGCCUGGUGGCAUCGCAGCGCGUCGGGGAAGGCCUGCAGUGCUGCUCGGAGGCCGGCUCGGUGCCGCUCGGAGCGCCCUGGCUGCCCAACAACGUCUCGGAAAAUUGCACGGCCGGCGCAGGCUUGGAUGGAGCUGACCAAGGUACUUACCCCGAGAGAGAGCUUCCACUAGAGCAGAGUAGCCAGACGGUCACGGUGGACUUCUGUCAGGAAAUGACUGAUAAAUGUACAACAGACGAACAGCCUAGGAAAGAUUACACCUAG